AUCACUGUCUAAGACCUUGAGUCAUCUGUAUUGGUCGGGUGAGUCAUCAGCCUGACUGGCUAAUCGUUCGUGGUGAUCACAUAGGAGAAAUGAAUCAAAGUCAAACAUCAGGUGACCCUUUAACCACAGAAUCCGUUCCACCUAAAGUAUCACCUGCACCUCGCCCUACAACUCUAAAUAUUCUGUUGGAUAAUACAAUUAAGAGUCCUGCGUUGUCUUCCUUUCUCACUCCUUCUCUAGAGGAACUCCAGCCAAUACUGCGCUCAGAAGUGGAAAAAAUUCUCCAGCAUCUUAAAGCCUCACCGCAGACCCCAGGAAGUUUCCUUAAUCCCAAACAUGUCACAGAAGAACAAGAAAGAUUCGCGAAUGUGUUUACCCAAAAACUAAAUGAGCUUAGAGAUGCUUCUGGUUUGGCAUCCCUAACAGCAGCACUUAGUCCUGUUACAUCAGCUGUCAACAGUAAUAGUCUCUACAAUGUUAAUCUGGCCGAUAUAACCCCCCAAAAUCUCCCGAAUUUCGCUGAAUUAUGCCGCCAGGCAAGUCAGGCAGGGAUGAACACAACUCCGGCACCAAUACUUUUCUACUCACCAACUUGUUUCGAUGCUCAGUCAUUGUCUGGUGUUCAAACUGUUACUCCUGGCAAUCUUGUUGCUUUCCAAUCACCCCAAACUGAAUCACUAAAUACAACUAGUGAGCCUAGUAUCACAUUUACAAACCUACAAAAUUCGCUUUCUAUUUCUCUUCCUAAUACUUUGCAGCAGUCUUCAGAUAGCGAGGUUGCUACCGUUCAACUAGCAAACGGCCUACGUCUUGGAAUAUCAACUAACGGGGCUUCACAAGCAUCAGUCCUCCAAAUGCUGGGUAUUGAACCUCAAGCGGAAAUUGUUCAUCGUUCUCAGGUAACCAACCAACCAAUUGAACAUGCUGUUUGGCCUUUAAAUAUCCAAACAAACUUGCCUCCAGUUGAUACGACAGAAAAUCAGCGAACUGUCUCAGUAACUUCACCGCAAGACCCAGAUGAUACCCGUCCCUCUUCAGUCGAUAUUGGUUUAGAUCAGAAUGACAAUAUUCCUAACAUCAGGUCAUCUUCAGUUUCUUCCGUGUCAUCUUCUUCCCAAGGAAAUAGUUCGAGGAACGUCGCCGGAUCUAAUCUGAAGGACACUCGUUUAGAUCCUUCGGAACAGUCUCGCAUGCGUUUAGAGCGAAAGCGGGCGAGAAACCGUGACGCUGCGCGCAAAUGUAGAGAAAGGAAGAUUCGGUUAAUUAAAAGUCUAGAGAAAGAUGUUAUUCAUCUUUCUGAAGAAAACAAAGCACUGCGUAACCGAUUAUCUCGCAGUAGAAUAGAAGUGGAGCGUUUGAAAAUGUUCGUCGUCAACCACCUUGAUAAAGAUUGUCCUGCUUUGUCUGGUAAAGUAGCUUAAGCAAGCUUCAAUUAUUAUUAUUAUUUAGGUUUAAAUUUGAUUCUCUAAUAAUUUUGUCCUUUAAUCUUUCAUGUGAAGCGCCACAUAAUAUAUGGAUAUUUAGUUCUAAAAUAUUUUCCGUACAAUUUACAAUCAGUUUGUUUCGCUUUUUGCCAUUUAGAAGAACUAAACGAUACUACACUAUAAUCAUGUGGUUUCGUCCUGUGUAUUCACCCGUUUAGUAACAUUCACCUUUUAGCUCCAUUGUACAGUACCACCUACCUCAUCACCAUUUCCAUCUAGAAAUUACCCGAUUAUAUGUCAGAUUAUUAUAUUUAAUAUUCAUUUCUCGAAAGAUUAUCCUAUGCACUUUUACGAAAUAUUAAAUUCUUAACUUCAGUA